AUGAAAUAAUAGAAAUUGUUUACAUGUUAAGAUAUAGCACAUGAAAGUGAAGUCAUAUAAGGGUUUUGUUUAAAUUUUGGAUGUUAAGAUGCAAAAUCUUAAUUCUGUCUUUAAUGUGGAUUUGACCCUAAGAAACAUACUAAUUGCAAGAAAGACCUAAAAGUAUUUGGUUAGAUUUAAAGUUUUAUCACUAAAUUCAAUUAGUAUUUAUUUGAAUUAACUACUUAAUUGAAUAAAUCUUAUUAAUCAGUCAAAAUAAAAUAUGAAGAAUUCAUAAAAGAAUUGGAGAAAAUGAAAAUAUAAUUAUUAAAGAUAUCUGAAUAUUUAUUUUAAUAAGAUUAUAAAUAAAUCAAAGACAAUUUGUUAAUAAUUAAGGAAUGCUAUUAAUUUUCAAACAAUUAAGAGGAGAUCAUUAAGUAGAAUUAAAUUGGUAUUUUUACAUUAUUAAUAUUUAUAGGAACUUAAUUAUAAUGA